ACUCCGGGAACACCCCUGCUGGGGGACAGAAGGUGCGCCGGACGGAAUAGAGCCAAGACGAGAGGGAGGAGCGAGUGCUGCACACAGCAACGCCGGCGUUAGACGGGGGGUCUGCUGAACCCCACCCCUGGACCCCGGAACCCCCGACCCACAGCGCCAGGGACAGGAGGAACAGGAACCCUGACCCACAGUGCCAGGGACAGGAGGAACAGGAACCCUGACCCACAGUGCCAGGGACAGGAGGAACAGGAGGAACAGGAGGAAGAGAACACUGAAAGGAGGACACGGCCCAGCAGUGGAAUACAAAGGGAAGCCGUCGCCCCAACACUGACCCUGGAAAGAUGGGUGCCACAGAAGCCACUCUGAGGAUGGAGAACAUGGAGGUGAAAGAUGAGUGGCAGGAUGAAGACUUCCCCAGGCCUCUGCCAGAAGAGGGCGAUAUGGAGUCGUCCUGCAGCCUCAUGGGAGGUGGGGCCUCUCCGCCCACAUCCUUGAACGUUGAUGGAGGGGGAGGGGCUGGGGGCCCUGCCAAUCGGAAGAGGCGUACACUGGUUGCCCCGGAGAUGAACCUGUCUCUUGACCAGAGUGAUGGGUCCCUGGACACGCCCGAUGACCUGGACAUCAAUGUGGACGACAUGGAGACCCCUGAUGACACUGACUCACUGGAGUUCAUCACCAAUGGCAACGACCUGGAGUGGGAAGACGACACCCCCGUCACUGCGGCGAGGGCUGCCCCUGGCGAGGGGGCGGGGCCAGCGGGAGAGGGCGGAGACGGCGUGGAGCGGCUCUGGCGGACGGUGAUCAUCGGCGAGCAGGAGAGCCGCAUCGACAUGCAGGUCAUCCGGCCGUACCUGCGCGUGAUCACGCACGGAGGUUACUAUGGAGACGAGCUGAACGCCAUCAUCGUGUUCUCAGCCUGUUACCUACCUGACAGCAGCUAUGCUGAGUACCAUUACAUCAUGGAGAACCUCUUCCUGUAUGUGAUCAGCAGUCUGGAGCUGCUGGUGGCUGAGGAUUACAUGAUCAUCUACAUGAACGGAGCCACGCCCCGAAGGAGGAUGCCUGGGAUUGGCUGGCUGAAGAAGUGCUACCAAAUGAUUGACAGGAGGCUGAGGAAGAACCUGAGGGCCAUGAUCAUUGCUCACCCCUCCUGGUUCAUCCGCACUGUGCUGGCCGUCUCCAGACCCUUCAUCAGCGAAAAAUUUAUGAACAAAAUCCGCUACGCGCACAGCCUGGAGGAGCUGGCUGAAAUGGUCCCCAUGGAGCACGUGCAGAUCCCCGAUUGCGUCCUGCAGUAUGAUGAAGACAGAAUUAAGGCUCAGAAGGAAAGGAUGGAACAGGAACAGCAGCAGCCCAAGGCCCCCACAGAAGGGAACUGUGACUGAGGGGAGGACGGAUCUCCACCGGCGAGUUAGCACCCCAUUUAAGCCCCCGUCCAGCUCGGGGUACCCCGCCGCGUGAAGCUCAUUUGGGCGGGGCACCUCGUUUCCCUGACAACGACUGUCCUGUGAGACGCAUGGAGGAGGAGUUUCUCAUAUGCCCCCACCCCCUGAAAUCUCUGCGCUUUUACUGGAGUAAGAGCAGCUCCCCCCCCCCCAGAAAUCUCUGCGCUUUUACUGGAGUAAGAGCAGGCCUGUGAGGAGGACUGUGUUACUCCGCUGUGCUGUUUUCACAGAGACUCCUGGUGCGUCUUCACACUGUCCCAUAAUGCAUCACCCUCCGGCCGGCUACCACGGCAACAGCUAGCGGUCUUUUACUCUCGAUUUUUAAACGGCCGCUGAAGGUCCUGUCAGUU